UCCGCUCGAAGUGGCAUCCGCUCGAAAGAAAUGGUUCCAGACCUGGAGUCUUUAUAACUACCGUGCAGUAAAUAAAUGGCAAUAAAAUGUUGAAAGAAAGAUCGUUAACAAUAUUUGCGGGAGUAGUAUACUUUGUAUACUAUAUUGUUAAAAUAGUUAAGAAGCCUGGUGUUUAUAGUGGUCCAAGGCUAACAACAUUUUUGUUAAGCCACUGUGAAAGUUUGAAAAAAAAAUAUUGGCCUACUUUUUGGUGUAUUGGUGCCCACCUACAAACUGUCCUGCCAACUUUUAUACAAUUGGUACCACAGCAUCAUUAUAGAAGGGAAAUCAUAUUAACCAAAGAUGGUGGAGAAAUCAUUUUACAUUGGGAAGACAACCAAGAAGGAGGGAAGAUGUAUGAGGAAGAAAAUAGGCCAACUGUUAUCAUUCUGCCUGGAUUGACAGGUUGUAGUUCAGCAGGAUAUGUUAUGCAAAUGGUAGAUUCUGUUGUGAGACUUGGUUACAGAGCAGUUGUCUUUAACUACAGGGGUCUAGGAGGAGCACAACUAAAGACUCCUCGUACAUAUUGCGCAGCAAAUACGGAUGAUUUGGAACUUGUGAUUAAACAUGUUCAUGACCUUUACCCUAGUGCAACAUUGAUGGCUGCUGGUACUUCAUUAGGAGGUAUUAUCUUGUUCAAUUACCUAGCUAAACAAGGACACAAUACCCCGCUGGCAGCGGCAUUUACCGUAUCUACAGCAUGGAAUAUGUUUGAGUCAACUAAAGAAAUAGAAAUGCCUUUGAACCGGUGGAUUUUGAACUAUCCACUGGCCCGUAACCUACGUAGUGUGCUCCAGAGUCAUAUACACACAUUUAAAGGUUGUUUGGAUCCCAAUGAUCUAGAAGAUGCAUUAAAGGCAACUACCAUACGGGAAUUUGAUGCGAGCUUUACCGCCAAAAUAUUUGGUUAUGCCAACGUGGAUGAAUACUACGCUGAUGCAUGUCUACACAAGAAAAUACAUUCCAUCAAAAUUCCAACAGUGUGCAUGAAUGCAGAGAAUGAUCCGUUUUCUCCACUACGAGCUCUACCAAUUGAAGACUCUUGUUCGCAGGACAAUGUCGCACUCAUUGUAACAUCGCAUGGAGGUCAUCUUGGUUUUCCGGAGAGUGUUUGGCCAAGUGGUAAAUCUCUAUGGCACUGCAUAUUUGCUGAUGUUGUGGAUGCUGUUUUUAAACACCGCAAUGAAAUUGUCAGAAGUGAUAUAUGAUAUGAAUUAAUGAAAUAAAAUUGAAAGUAUUUAGGACAACAUAGUGCAAUUGAUUUUUAAGGAAAGUGAUUAUAUUGCAUAUUAAGCAUUCUUGGUUAAAUACCAUUUUUAAAAUACAAGGAUAUCUUUUUAUUCAUAAUUAAAAUCACCUCCAUUUUAUGUAAAUUGAAACUUACAACCUUUUCAUACUAACAGAAAAUUUAUUCAACUUUUACUAGUUAGUAACAAAUUGUAACAACUUUGAUCUCCCGAGAUAUUUUCUUUGUUUCACACACACAAUAAUCCAAACCAUGCAAAAUCUUGGGAGAAUAACAGUAAACCUAGGUAUCUAGGUUAGUCUUAGCGUGCGACAUUAUUUUGUUUUCCGUUGCCUGAUGACAGUACGAAUGCAUGCGCACUGAAUAACUCGGGACAUCUCGGAAGGAUAAACAGGCCUGUAUUUCUUUAGAGAUAUCGCAGGGCCCCUGCACUAUUGUGGAAAAGUUUACAUGAAUUUGCUUUUACACUACACAAACUUGGUUACAGCUUGUUGGUAGUUGUUACUAUUUGCAAAAUAGUGUGAAAAGGUUAUUAGUUUAAAGAAAUUAACAUUCUUGCUUUCUAAUCCAAGUGUCUCUUUUUCUUAUAACAUCUUCCUCAACCUCAAAAUGUGAUAAUUAUAAAACAGCAUACAAUACUAUCCUUUGAUUUUCUGGUAUAGGCCUAUGUGCUUGAAGUGAAAGAAAAACAAUAUUGAGAUCUUAGUGAUGACUUUUAGAUUUUAAUGAUGAUUAUUACUGGUACUGGUACGGACAUUUAUAAAGUGCAGUUCUUUUUCCCUGGUCAUUGGGUCCACAUGCUUUAAGUGUUGCUGCUGGUAUUCAUCGCAGGAGCAAGCAACCCCACCAGGUACUUAUUUUGUACUUUGGAUGGAGAGAAUCAAUGCAGAUGAAGUGUCUUUCUCAAGGACACAAGCGAAAUGCACAACAAGGGUGUGAAACCUUGAUCUCGAGGUUGGAAAACCAAACCGUUCCUGCUGCACCAAAUUGCUUCCACAUAAUUAUUGAUUAAUAUUAUUAUCUAUCAGCGCAUUAUUUUAUUCAAUGAAAAUACGAUGUACUUUUGUUAUGCGAUAAUACAGCAGGACUAUGUUGUUGACGAUAUUUUUUAUACGUGAUGCAUGACUAUGCAAAUUAACGUGUAUAUAAAUAUAGGUACGGUAGCAAUUACCUGAAAAUUAAGUUAAGAAAAAUCAAUCUUUAUCUAUUGUAUACAGGAGAUAUGCUUCGUUUGUGUUUAAUUUGUUUUAUAAAUUUACAUGUAACUGUAUUAUUGUAAGGCAAUAAUAUAGUUAGUCUUGUUUAUUCUAGGCGCUAUCAUAAGGACCAAAUGUCAAAUGUUUGGAAUGUGAGUAGGUAGCAGCAAUAAAGUUAUAUAUGAAAUGGCAUAGAUUGUAUUAAUUCUGAUACAAUAAUUAUAUUAAGGUAUGUUACUUAUCACUUCGCUAUAUUGCUGGUAGUGGCAUUGAUAUUUUCAAAUUUAUAUUUGUAUAAUUACUAGGCCUAUUUGCUCAAUUUGGCUUUAUUAAAGCAAUCUUAAUACUUUAUAAAUUCAGUAGGGCCUAAUUAUUAUAGUUCCUGCAACUUGGACAGAGGCACUAUAGACAUCAUCAAUACUAUUUACAGUAAUCUAUUUUAUUAGGCAUCUUUAUUGUUUAAUUUCCCAUAAAAUUAAUGGCUUUUUUUUUUUGCUAUUACAACAUAUUAUAGUUUGUUUUUCUCUACACACAAUAGAGAACAUCAUCUCCGUAGGAAAAAGUUUAUAAUACAGUAAUGACAGCAAAAGGCCCCGGGUUCGAAUCCAAGUUGAGAAAACAUUUUUUCACACUCGCAGAUUCUUCUUUAAAGCUGGCUCCGAAGGAAAAAGUUGUUUUUAUAAGUUUUGUACAAUUGAAUUUUUUAAGCCCUGUCCAUAGUAUUAAAUUUUAUUUGACAAAAACAUGUGACAAAGUUAUGGUCUUGAUGACAUCACAUCGUGGUCUAUAGGCACAUCAUGACUAUAUAUGGACAUACAACUGAGCUUUGUCAAAGAAAUGUUGAUAGAGCUUAAGAC